GAUCGGGUACGGUGUCUUGUGUUGGUGUGUUUCGUUCCCUCAGCUGCUGACUUUCGAGUGUUGACAUAACUCGGAAAUCAAAAUGUCUUCGAACUAGAACAACUUGUUUGAUAAAUUACAAACUCUAUGUCAUAGUUUUUAGUACACCCUGAGACUGUAACCGUGCAGUAUUUUUAUAUUAUUAUCUUACACUCACAUCGUUAUCGUUGCUCAUAAAGGGCUACAUAUCUACCUAUUACAGGAAAGUUCAUAUUAUAUUCUCAUUUCCCAGAAACCGAAAUCGAAAAUGUGAUUUGUCAAAUGUCUGUGAACUGUAGCGCGUCAGAUCGUUGUCACGAUACACCAAUUUUUUGUCGUCGAAAUGGAAAUUGUCAAUUGGAACUCUCUGCCCAGCCUAGCUCUUCACCAGGUGUUCACCCACCUAUCGCCUGAAUCCAGAGUGGCCGCUUCAUCCACUUGCAAACACUGGAGGACCGCCUUAUACCAUCCACAGUUCUGGCAUAGUCUGGUGUUAGAUAUAUCAUCUGCUGGAACUUCGUUUGCUGAAGUCAAGUCCAAAGUAAAGCAUGCCAAUAAGAAUCUAGUGACAUUGGUACGUGACAUCCACCUUGCAUUUGAUUCCCGGAGCACACAAUGCUUUGAAUUAGCUUCGUCUGUUAUCAAGGCAUUAAUGGGCAAUCAACUGUUGAGGAACGUUGACAUUGAACUCAAUCACUGUGAGCUGGCAAAGGAUGAAAUAUUUCAGUACAGGUGGUCAAUUCAAAACUAUUUUGAGUUUGCCAUUCUCAAUGUUGUGCAGAAAGGAAAUAUUGAAGGAUUUAGUUUUGGAUAUUUUAUGUUUUACUAUUGGAAUGCUUUGAUUCAUAUGCUAUCUAAGUACAGUUGUGAUAGCUUACAACGUUUGGAACUAGCUGGAUUGGGACCAUCAGUUUUUAAUGAAGAGAGCAAAACAACAUGUUUUAACUCUACUUUUGAUAGUAUGUCGUCACUAAUCAAUUUAAAGAAAUUAAGUUUAGACCUAAAUUCCAAUACGUGCAAAUUGCUUCCAGCAUUGUGUUCAAUGUCUCAAUUGGAAAUCCUUGUUUUACAUGUUCAUAACGAGUUGGAUAUAGAUAUAAGUGAUGAUAUCUGGGCAGAUAUUAAAAAAUAUUGCCCUAAACUUGAAUUAAGAUUGACAAUAAUCAACUGUCAUAUUGUUGCUAAGCACCUUCAUACUAAGUUACUUCGUCCAUCGAUGCCAUUAACACAUCUCAAAGUUCUUUUUUGUAAUGUGAUAAAUAUUGAAGCAUUACAUAGAUUAGUGGACUAUAGAAAUACAUUUCAAUCAUUAAUUUGGGUUGAUGAACAAUCAAUGAACCCUACUGGCUUACUUAGAGGACAUUGGCAUUUUGAACCAUCUGCAGACGACAUUGAAACUAAUCCGUUGAUUAUAUUAUCGUGGGUUUGCAGCAAAAUCACAGAACUUGUUGUAUUGGGAUAUUUUAUUGAACCAGUGGACGUAUGUGGAAUUGCAAGACUGAGAGGUUCUAAUUUAAAAAGGUAUGAAUUAUUGGAAGAAGAUAUUUGCUUUCAUCAACCACAAAGCGAAAUGAUUUAUGAUGAAAUUGUUUUAGAUGUAUCAAAUUGGAUGGAAACAAAUUGGAAACCUUUGAAUAAAAAUAAUUUAUUUGUAAGUCAUUCACAUUAUAUAUUGCAGUGUAUUUCAAAAGAUUUAACAACAGUCAAUAAAACUAGACAUUAAUUAAUAUUUACCACAAAAAUAACUUAAAAUAUCAAUUUUAAAUCUUUAAAUUACAUAAUAUUU